AUGACCAUAUUCAGCUCAGCCACUCUCAGCCUCGACACCCGGAGCAUUAUUGGCAGUCCGUCCCCAUCCCCUACCUUUAAAUCCAAAGAUCUCCCACAGCCCAAAGCUGUUCCACUUCAACUCCUGUUGGCAUCAGGCCUCAGGAAUCAUAUUUCAGGAAGCUGUGAGGACAGCUUCCCUGACCCUGUCACCACCUGGAGAAUGACAACAAAGAGGACCCAGCAGAGCCUGCAGGUGGAAACUUGUAAGAGGCCUGAGCAGCCCCUCAUGCUGCACAGCUAUGGGGAUCCCUGCCCCUCCCCAGAAGGCACCACCACUGCUGCCCACUUCUGGAAGCUCCCGUCCGGAGCCAUCACACAGCCGCGCAGCAUCUGCAAGUGCCGGGCCCUGGAUCUCCCAGCCUUCAGCUCCAGGCUGGGCAAUGGAGGGAAGAGAAGCGGCCCCGCCCCUCCGACAUCGCCCGCCCACCUCAGCUCCUAUCUCCAGUCCGUGAUUGGGGGCAGCGGAGGCCCCGCCCCCUACGCCUGGGAGACCCGGGCCGGUCACUGUGGCGUUGAGGGGAACGCCGGUGCCCGGAGGGUGACACUCACCGGCUGCCCCCGGUGGCGGUGCCGGCUCAGGAGCCUCAGGGCCCUCAGGAACACAUUCCCCGCGGCCGUCGAGAACUUUCCUCAGGGCGCCCACAGUCCCGCCCCAUCUUCACCCGCUUUGCCCGCGGCUUCACAUUCUGAUCCUCGCCGCGCCUGUGGAAGCGCAGGAACCCCGUGUCCCCCCCGAAGGCGCCGCGGAGGACCUCAGGGCGCGGCCGGUGGAGGCGGAACCUGGCGGCCCCCAACACCCGAGAGUGCGGGCCUGGGCGCCGGGAACUGGCACGCCGGGGGCGGGAGAGGCGGAGGAAGCCUGCCCGGGUCUCCGCAAGGUCAGGGCCCACGGAGCAGCAGGAGGGGGCUCCGGGACGCAGAUCCGGCUUCCCUGGGAAUGCUGGAAUCCAAGGAGGAUCCUGGAGAUCUCCCACUUUAUGAAGCCCAUCCGCCACUCACUCUCUAGAACCCGGGACCCAGCAGGAACUAGACAGGACGCUCUCAUGAGUCCCUGGGGAAAAGCAAGAGCAAAGGGUGAGAGGUGGCGGUGAGGUCAGGGAAACUCCCGCAGAAUUCUCAGGAGAGGUUGGCUUAGUGUGUCUUCCCCGUCCAGCCACCUGUCCCAGAGCUGGAGAUGCUCAGGUUUAAGCCAGAAACUGUGUAUUUUUCUUGGUGGUGACAUAAUUCUUGUCCCCUUCUCUCCUGGAAAGAGAGCCCCAGACCAUCAAAGUGAUCCACUCUGCACACUUUUU